AUGACUUCUUCCGGCUCACAUAAGAAUAAAUGGACAGCUUCAGAAGAUGCAGCACUUGUAGAUGCUGUUAAAAAGCUUGGGACAAAAUCUUGGAAAGAUGUUUCUUUUCUAGUUCCAGGUAGAACUGGUAAGCAAUGUCGCGAAAGAUAUACCGGACAACUCGCCCCAUCAAUUUCAAAGGACAUAUGGACAACUGAAGAAGAUGAAGCGCUCAUUGCAGCUCAAAAAAUUCAUGGAAAUCGUUGGGCUUUGAUAUCCAAAAUGCUUACAGGCAGAUCCUCGAUAUCUGUCAAAAAUCGAUGGGGAUGGAUACUAAGGCAUAGGGUGGCCAAUAAAGUUCAAGAAGAACCCAGUUACAGUCCUAGCAAAACGAAUCAAUCUAAUACUCCGAUUGAAAAAGAAAAUUGCUCAGGCCAUCAAUAUUUUGUUCCUUUAGAAGUCCCAAACUCUUCUUUGUUUGGAGCUGAUUUUGUUCAAUUUCAGAAAGCAAUACUUGUAUGA